ACGGGGGUGGGGGGAUCGGGGCGGGCCCAGGCGGUCUGUCUCCAUCCCAGCCACAGAGCGCGUCCACUCCGUGGGCCCUCGGGGUCGCAGACAGAGGAGAGAGCACGCCCCCGACCCCCACCCCGGAGUCUGACCCCCGUGCCCCCCGCCCGGCGCCGCCGCCGCCCAGAGCCUGGCUGACCCGGGCCUCGGGGAAGGUCAGUGCGCAGCGGUGCGGGGGGGCUGAGCGCGCCCGAGCCCCCGAGACCCCCGGCCCGUCCCGGGGCCCCGGGGUCGCGAUCCCCGCGGGCGCCGGUGGAUGGACCCCGCAGCUCCGCUCCGCGUGGUGGUGAGGUGGCAGUCGCCGCGGGCCAUGAAGGUCGCGGUGCUGGACCUGGGCUCGCUCUUGGCCAGAAUUUUCAAGACGUCCAAGGCGCCCCCGGCCGUCCCCUCGCCCGUCGCCUCCGCGGGUCCCGCGGGCGGUGCAGCCCCGGCUGGGCAGGGAGGCGCUGCUCUGGGCAGCACCCCGACGCUGACCCUCUUCCCGGCCUUGGGCCCCGGCUCCCCAGCUGCCCCGCGGGGGGCGCCCGCACCGCUGCACCCUCCGCCCGCCGCCUCUGGCCCAAGGGUCUCCAGCCGCGCGGCCCCUGCAGGCGAAGCCCCCCUGUCGCUGCCCCCGGCCCCGCCCCUGCCGCCCCUAGCUCCCUCGGUGCUGCCCUCCGUCGGGGUCAGCUGCAGCUUAGCAGCGAGUCCACGCAACCCCCGACAGUCUGGAGCCGGGGAGAGGGACCGGGUGCUCCCCGGGACUGCCCCCAGGACGCCUUUCUUCACCCUGCCGGGCAUCGGCGAAGAGUGGGCCUCGGACAGCGACCCAGAUGGCGACUCGGACGUCGAAGAAGUAAGAGGACUGCCAGACGAAUCUAGAAAACACAGUCUUGCCUCGAAAAGCAAAGGACCAUUGCCUACACAUUUUACAAGAAAUGUGCAAAAAGCCAUUGAUAAAUAUACCUGUGAAUCCACAUCAUCACUUUCAUCAAGUGGGUGCCCCACGCCCACAGCAGUGCAUAACUCUUGGUCUGGGACACAGAGUUCUACCACAGGCUGUUCUGCUGAGAGGAGCUCCGUCUACUCUUGGAGAGAUGAUGAGUUUGAUAAAGCCAGUGCACAGAAAGUACAGCAGUUAUUCUGGGAGGUGGAAGAAAUGUUAUUUGAAGGGAAAAUGAGCCCACAAACCCAGAAUCUACAGGCUGAAUGCAGUGAGUGGGCAAGAAGGUCCCUACAUUUGAGAGUCUUAGGAAAGCAGCUCAUCCUGCCAACAGAUGAAGGGUUCCAACAUUUCCAAGCCAGCAACCCAAGUUCUGUAGUGCCCAAGCCCUUAUUUGAGGCCUGUGAAUGCAGCAGCAACAUCAGAGAGCUCUGCAUCUCUGGCUCCCACAUGGUCCCUGCCGCGCUCUCCUACUCCACCGUACCAGACCUGGGUUCCACAGAGGCGGCUGACCUGAGCACGCGUGCAUCUCUGGAAGAAGAGGUUUAUGAUGUGGAUGGAAAGAUUGAAGAAUACUUUGCUUUUGACAGAAAAGAAGAAAAUGAUGACAGUGGUGGACAGAAGCCAGCUCAGCGUCACUGGGCAUGGCGUAAACAUGGCCUCCCUCCUGUGUCCCCUCACGACUGUAUCAAAGAUACCGUGGUAGCCGAAGUAUUUGACCGCAUCUGGACAAAUGUGGUAGAAAUGUUGGGAGAGCUGAUUAGGAAAAACUGGGAAACUACACUCACAGAAAAGAAAAAGGAGAAAGAGAAGUCAGUCAAGACGAAAUCUCUACAGGGCCUCACCUCCCGUGUUCACACUGAGGCCUUAAGUGUUCCUCCAUCUAGGAGUUCAGAAACGCGGAGCACAUCCCUGCCUUCUCAUAUUCAUCCUCCCCAGCGCUUCUCCAACAAUUUUUACAGAGAUUUGAAUGGUGUGAUGAUAAUUCAAGCCAAACCCCUGCAGCAGAGGCCUUCUUUUGCAGAUAGAACACAGAGUGAGCAGGAGGACAAAUCAUUGGCUAUUGGAGCCAGUGCCUUUUCCUGGGCUCGGCACCACCCAGGACGAACCUCAGAAAGGCGCAGUCUACAAAACUCUUCAAAGAAAACACCAGUGCAUAGGAGACUGCCUUCUCUUACUUCAGACUCGCUAAGAAUGAAAACUCCCAACUUUAAUAGCGAUGAAGUCCUUAGGGGAACAAAAUUGCAGACUGGCACAGACUUCACGUCUUCCCCACCAGUUCCGACCUCACGGAACAGGUUACCCCCAAUAGGCCCAGAGACUGGUGAGCAAAAUACAGCAAUUCCUGGAUCUCGCCCUGUUUCUCACAGAGGAAGGCAUCUGCAGACCCGCGUGUUAAGUGCGCUCCCUGACAGUGUAGAGCGAUCGCCUCUUCGAGAAAGAACCUUUACCAUGGAUCAGCUCUCCAGGCCCAGCACAACUCAUACAUUUCGGUCGGAUACAUCUCGAAAAGGUUCAUUGAUACUGACAGAGUUUGCUGGUCACACAUGGACCGGUCAAGGAUUUUUGACAGGUUCACAGAAUCUACCAAAAUCUUUUCAGAGGACAACUUUGACAUCAAGAAGGAGAUUCCAAAUAGCAUCUUGACACUACCCUGACUGGAACUACAGCCCUUGUUUGAGCACUGACUGCCUGGCUCAGCAUACCAUUCAUUACUUUAAGUUGAGAAGUAUUAAACUGCAUUACCUGUUUGUCAGAAGUCUGAGGUGUUAGAAUAUUUGAAAUAAAUGCAGACAAAUAAAUAAUUCAAUUUUUAACACUCUGCGAUGGAAAGAGAAUACAAGUCAAAUUCACCCAUCUUUAUUGGAAACAGUCUGAAAUUCUAUAAGCUUGGUUCAGAAGACUCUUGUAUGUGUUCAUAAUUCAUUCUUUAUAAAUUACAUACAAUUGUGUUAUUUAUUUACACAUUACUUAAAUAUUUGAGUGUGUUUUCUAAGAAUGUGUUACUUGUAACUUUUGUCUUAGCCUAUUUUUUGUGUACUAUUCUAUUGUUUGUUAUUGACUAUCAAAAUCCUCAUCACUACUCGAUGUUACUUCCCUUUUCACUUUCUUUUAGAAAAUGGCAGUCAUUUUUAGGGCAACAUGCCCAUCUGAUUAAAGGUCCAGAUAUUUGACCUAUUGUGAUGACUUUCUUGCAUCUUUCUUAGAAAAUGCUUUAGACAUGAGCUUCUUCAAGGAAUGUCAGUGAAUAACCCUACCACAUCAAUCUUGAUUUGCUCAUUUUCCUUUUCAAAUUAAAGCUUAAUUUUUUUCCAAAAUGAAUUUGUACUUAAGGCAGAAAACAAUUUUAUUUAUUUGCUUUAGGAAAAUAAUUUUAAAUAAUAGCAGUUGGUCCUCUUUAUUGUUCCCAACAGAGGUGGCUAUUCAUUGAAGGGACACCUUUGCAGAAGCAUCUUCCUUAUUUCAUCAUAAUCUGACUUUACUCAAAUGUCACCUGAGCAAUAAAGUCUUUCUUGAUCACUGUAUCUAAAGUAGCUAUUCUUUCCAUUCUCUGUCCUUUUGUCCUGCUUAACUUUUCUCUGAAGUGUGUAUCCCAAUGAGAUGUUAAUGAAACAGGCAAUGUACAAGAGUAAUUUUCAGUUGGAGCAAAUCUGUGGGAGUCUUCCUCCCCAUUUUUUUCUUUAUAAAAUAUAAAGAAAAAAAUAAAAUAUAAAAUAAGUCCUUAUAUAAUAAAAAUAUAAAAUAAGUCCUUAGACUUAUUUUGCUACUGUUAGAUCUCAAAUUACCAAAACUUCUUAUUUUCUCUCAGAAAAUUAUAUUUUAUUGAUCUGAUUUUAAUGAGCUCUGAAUUGGUCCUUACCUAUUCAUAUAAAUGUACAAUAAAUUAUUGCAGACAUA